UUCGCCUGCUAUUUGAAUUAGUAUUGUAUGACAAACGUCGCCUUAAAGUUAGCCGUUGGGCCAUCUACGAGAAAAAUAAUUGCACGAAAUUAAAGAGGAAGUGUUGUACUUUACAAAGCCGUUUGCAAAAGUGGGGAAAAGCAAGCAGAAAUAGUGGGAUUGAAAGGGAUUCCAUUCAAAAACAUUUUUAAAAUACCUUGUUAUUGCCAAUAUGGCGGAAAAGAACGAGCUCGACGCUCGCAAAGCUUCAUGGGAGAUUGAGGAAAUUUAAAAAAGUUUCAAGGAAUUGAAAGUUCUGCAAAUUAACAAUACUCCUAACUAGGGUAGGGAGAGUAAACAAUUGGAGUAAAGUUCAGCAUAUUUGAGGCAAUUUUAGACUAGUAUUUCAAUAAUACGGUAAAAUUAUUUCUUUAUUGUACAAGGCGUUAGAAAAUGUAGCUUUGUAUCACAAUAAAAUAAGAAAUAUUCAUGGGUUAAAUAUUUUCAAUCCUGAUCCUACCCUGGGAGAGUUACGCAAUUUCAGCGUAGUUUGCAAUUUUUGUAAAUUUAUGCAAAGCAACAAAAGCACAUGGAGUUCACGGAGUAACAAUUUUGGAAUGAAAAUGUUUCGCUUUUGGUAAAAAGAGGAGCGAAAUGCGAUCCAAUUAAGUUGUUUUGUUUCAAGAUAAAGGAACUACGUCUAUUACAUGUAAAAUCGCUAGCUUUUCGUGAACGCUACAUAUAUUAACUGUAAGCGUAGAUACUAUAUAUAUUUCUGUAUUUAUACAGUACAUAAAAGUCUGUAAGUGUAUACAAUAUUAGUAAUAUAUGGCUUCACACUGCGAGCAGAACAGCGAUGAUUUUGGAAGUGCAGGGCAAAUGUUGCACGGGGUUUCUGAAAACCUUUGCACAGAGGAAAAUUGUAGUUCUUUGUCGAAUGAGGUCGAUACAAAUCAAUGCAUUUCAAACGUACCAAUAGUACCAAAUGAUAUGGUACCAUUAUGUGGUGACACUGAUCUGAAACCAGAAAUGAGUGGUGAUGGUACUUCGGAAGUUGGUCUUGAUUCUGCAAAUCAAUAUAAUGAUUUUGAAGUCGUUAAACAGACGUUAGCUGAUAUUUGUGAUAAAAUUGGUAGGAUUGAUGGUUCCGAUACCAACACAAAUGGUAUCAAUGGGAAACAAGGAGAUUCAAGUUUGCCUGUCGCGCCCGAAGAUAUGAUGUCAUCUGCCAAGUUUGGAAGGGCUGAUAAUAGGAUCGGGUGUGUAACAGCAAAUGAUGACCUUCAUGGAAAUUUGAAUAUAAUGAAUGUUGAGAAUUCAGACAGUGAGCAAUGUUCUAACGAUAUAGAAGAGAAGAAUUCUCAGAAUAAUAAUCAAGAAAUGUUGGUUGAAAAAGAUAUCAAACCUGAGAUUACAUCCGACUGUUGUCAUAGCAACAUAGAGCAAUAUAAAAACACGGAAGUGCUCGAAAGUUGUAACAGUAAUAAUAAUGCUGAGACGACAGUUCAAAAAGACAUCAAGGACAAAUUUCAAUAUAGCUGUUGCCAACAUCUUGUUAGCAACAAUCAGUCACCUAACAAGCAAAGUGUCCCUAACGAGCAAAAUGUCAAAAUUGAGCAAACUCGUCAAAGGCAACCCUCAGUUACAAAUGAACAUAACUUAGCUGCUAGCCAAACAAACACCAUUUCCGACGAUCUACUUCACGUUUUAUCUGUCGUUCAAGAAGACAUGAGAGUUUUGGGAUUAUCAACUUGUACCACCAAAGGUCGUCAAUUGUUAACCAAUGGCCAGGAAAAAGAAGCAACAUCUACAGAUGAAAGUGAUUCAAGUGAAGACAGCUCAUCGUCAAGCAGUGAAUCAUUGUCAGAUGAUUCGGAGAGGUAAAAGGGUGACCAUUUUUUAAAAUAACUCCAUGUCUUAAUAUUUUAUUUCAAUCAAUGUGGAGCCUGCACCCCCCCCCAGUCAAGGUGGACCACAAUAAAGAUAAACUUUGGUUUCACCAUUCUCUUGCCCUGAGCCACCACCUUUGUCAGGCUUUGUGGAAUACCCACAGCCUCACAGAACAAACUGUUCUUUAAUAACCCGUUGAGCUGCAGAGCUUCCCCAUUGACAAGUAAAAUUGUCCGGCGUUAGAAAAGUAAAAAAAAUCAGUAGGGCACAUUGUGGCUCGAUGGGUUAAUGGAACAAACUGUUUUACUGUUACAGCGAAGACAAUGGACACAUGGCAAGAUCACACAUGGCGGAACAGGAGAAAAGUUAUCCCGCUGGUCCUCAUCAAACUAGGGGUGAACUCUCUUUUGCAGUAAGUCUCUGGAUUUUUAUUUCCAUGUUUCUUAGUUUGUGCGUAUUAUCUUUACAAAAUUAAAUUCACCCACGAUCUGUCCUAAGGCAAGUUCAAUGAGAAUGGAAAUCUCAUGCAGAACAAAAGGGUACUGAGGCUCACUUGAUUUUGAUUUUUAGGAAACAUGUUUCUUAGUCUGCAUAUUAUUCUUACAAUAUUGAGUACCAUCAAUUAAAUUCAUCUAGGAUCUUCCUCACGUGGAUGCCCUAGACCUGUGUGUUGAUGAAUCUGUGGAAAUAACACCGUUGGGGGAAAUUGAAAGUAUACUUUCGGAAGAUGCAUUGGGUGAGAAAACACACUCUCUAUAACUAAAAAAAAAUUUUUGUGGGAAUAUAUUUAUUAAUAUUUAAAAUUUUGUAAGGUAUUUAAAUUUCUAUUAUUAGAAAUACUUCGAUUAUCAAUAAUAUUCUCUUGUAUUUUUAUUAUAGUAAUUAUCAAAUCAUUUGAGGGUGUUCCUGCAGUUGACGCUGAUAGUAUUUUGUUUUUGGAAAACAGAUUAGGAUUUGGAAAAGUAAGAUUAAUUACUGUUGUAAAGUUGUAUUUAAAAUUCAGGAUUCUGUUGCAUUCCAUUGUUGCAAAUUUAAUUUCAGUUCUAAACUGUUCUCUCUUUUCUCAUUUUUUUUACUUGAUUUAGGUUUUUGAGAUAUUUGGCCAAGUUCUAUCUCCACAUUAUUGUGUAAGAUUUAACAAUGAAGAUGAAAUAAAAUCAACGAACAUUGAGAUUGGACAAACUGUGUACUUCGCUCCUGAUACAAAAGACCUCACAAAUUUUGUAUUUGUCUCACAAUUGAAUAGGUAAGUUACAGCAGCAUUUUCUACAGGAAGAAACCUAUACUAAGUUUAUUUUACUGGAUAGCUCUAAUGACAUGUUUAUUUUUCAGUAUCAGGGGAACAGAUGCAUCCUGGAAACAUGACCAAGAACCGCCUGCUGGGGUAAGGAUAUAUUGGCUGCAAACUCUGCAUCUACCAUUCCAAGCUACUCUGUAGUGUGUUGAAGGAGCUUGUCCUUGAAAAACCAUCUUUGUUUCCAUCUUUAGUUGGUAGAGUACUCGGAUGAUGAAGCUGAAUCACAUGCAAAAGCAGAGAGAAAAAGGGCGUACCAAUUGAAAAAACGGUAUGUUUCAGAAAGUGGAGCAAAAAUUAUAAGACAUGUUCUGGGCUGACUAAAACAACUGUUCUUUUUUCUUCAUUUUAGAAAUCAAGCCCACAUGCAAGAACAAGGUAUUUUUUUUAUACAAGCUUCCAUUGGUCAGCACUACCUGAAUAUGGAAAAUAAUUCAACAUUUCAUUGUUCGACUUGUUGUGAGAGAAUUAAUGAAGGCUCUUCGCAGGACCGCAGGUUCGAUUCCUGCCAGAGGGUCUAUAUAUAGUUGUAUUUUUCGCAACUACUCCUGGUUAGAUCUAAUAAAUGUACAACAAUCACAUCCGAAAUUUCCAUCCACAAAACCCUUCUACAACGACAUAUUAGCCACAACUAUAAAUAGCAUUUUGACAAGGGCCUUCACUUGAAUCUAGCUAGCUUACUGCAAGAUUACCACCCAAAACUGGACGCAUGGAUAUGUAUAUGUCUAGUAAAGUUGAUUCUUGACUAAUUUCAAUAAUGUUUUUUCCUUCAAGGAACAACUGAAGCUGCUACCAGCAGCAAAAAGCAAAGGCCAUGCAAGCCGUGCAGGAAAAAGCCUGAGACAAAACCAACCCCCAGACAUCUGCUCAUUCUCUCAGCAAAUCAACAAUCAGAUUCAUCAGUUACUGCACCACAACAGCAAACAGGUCAGCAGCUUGUCUACCCAGCACCUUCACAGGAAGGUGGAUUUGUUCCCCCACCACAUCAACAGCCAGGUCAACUUGUCCCACCUGACCAAAAACCACCCCUCAGAAUACCACCGCCGUCCCUCAGAAUUCCACCAUCAAAUCCAAGAGGUCCCCCUUCUCAAUUGGAUGGUCAACACCAACCAUUCCCCCCACCACUCAUGGGACCACCCCUUCACCAACCAAACUUACCCUGUCCACCAAGGUUUCAAGGUGGACCAUUAAUUGGACCCCCACUUAGGAAUUUCAUAAUGCCCCAAGGACCACCACAUUUCGGACCGCCUCCACAAAAUGAUGGAAUGUUUAGACCACCAUUUCAAAAUUUUGCCCAACCCCCGCCACCACGUCAACAAAAUUGGGAUGGUAGGCCCCAACCAUGGAUGGCAGGAAAUAAUGGCCCACCCAAUCGACCCCCCAUGAACGAACAUCGCUGGCCUAUUGGUCAACCACAUACUAUGGUACAAGAACGACCACCAUCAUAUAUAAAACAGGAAUUCCCACAAAAUGUCAUGAUGGGACCACAAAACCUAGGGUCUCAACCAUGGAUGUCUGGAGGUCAUGCUUUUCCCAAUGGACCACCUAUGAACGCACAUUGCUGGCCCACACAACAACAGCAUGUUCCACGCACGCCCUAUAUAAAACAGGAACCCCCACCAGAUGUGCAGAAAUAUCUCGAUAUGUAGAGAGUUUAAUAUUGAGGUGAGCCACAUAAUGGCCACACCCUCCCCCAAAGACGAAACCAGGUUAGGUUUAUCAUGGUAAUUUUAAUUUCUGUAAGUUGUAAGAUUUAUCUAUUAAUUAACUUUAAUUAACUAAUAAAAUCGAAACUUCGCAAGUCAUGUAAUUAUUAUUAAAAAUAUUGUUUGCAAUAUUUGUACAGGAUAUACAAAGUAAGAAAAAACCCACUUGAGUCAGAAGACAAUUGAGUCAGUGUCUUGAAUUGGGAAUAUAUCACUGUUGCCCUGGCAAGCUUUUACUUUUCACUGCACGAGGUAGUUUAAAAAUGAGUUGCUUAUUAAUAAUUUUAUAGUUUGCAGUUUAAAAAUGAGAUGCUUAUUACAGCUCGAAUGGGCAAACUGAGGCUGCUUUUGCAUAUUUUUGAUGUUUUCAAAUUAAGCCAAAACCAAUUACCAGCAUGUUAUAUCGACUUUUACACUUUCCGGUUAUGAACUUAUGACAUAGCCAUAGGUCUAAAGUCUCUAAAUAACCCGCUGAUGAUUGGUUUUGGCUCAGUUUGAAAAUAUGCAAAAGCGGCCUCGGCUUGCCUGUUCGAGCUGUAAUACUUUUAUAGUUUGCAGUUUAAAAAUGAGGUGCUUAUUAAUACUUUUAAAAUAGAUUCUGCAGGUUGAAUAGUUUUAUUCUGCCCAAAGUACCUUGUAUACAGACCAUAGUGCGCACAGCUUAAGUUAUUUUGUAUACUUUACAAUCCAUGUUCCAUACUUUGAAUUUAUGAUAAAUAAUAUUUUACUUGAACAGAAUAUCGUAUUCUGGUUACCCUUCAGUAUUUUACAGACAUUGAACUCUGUAAUUAUGCCCAACCGGGGUGCGAUAUAACACUACUGCCUUUGCCGGCCCAAAGUUUUUCCCCAAAGUUAUACAUCACAGCCAAGCUUCCUCCCACGGCAGCCGCGAUACCAAUAGCUCGGACACCAGCUGAAAACAGAGGGCAAUGCAUUGUCAUUGGUUUAUGAAAACAUCAUCUUAACCAGAGUUUCAGUAGAGGAGUAAUGAAGUAAGACACAUUGCCAUGGCAAUGUG